UCGUCCCGCAGCGGAACUGUCUCUCUCUCCUCCCGAACCCGGUGGGAGGUUCUUCCUCUAAAGUUGAGAGCGCACCGGGACUCCUCACUCUGCAGCCGUCUCUGGACUCUGUCGGACCCGCUCUGGACCGAGCCGAACCCUGCUGUCUGAGCUCCGGACCCGGCCCGCCAUGAGCCUGAGCAGCAGUGAUCUCUCUGAGCUGGUGGACCAGUGGGAGGAGCUGAACUUGACCUCCAACUUGUCUCGGGUGGAUGCCAUGAUGUGUUCAGGCGCCGUCAGCCACGCCGCACUCCUCCUCUGCCUCUCCGUCCUCUACAUCUUCAUCUUCCUGGGGGGUGUGGCCUCCAACGUCCUGGUGUUCUGGGUGAACCUGCGGCCCGACCGGGCCCGGUGCGGGUCCCAGCUGUACGUGAUGAACCUGGCGGUGGCGGACCUGGGCGUGGUUCUGACCCUGCCCGUCUGGGUCACCUCUCUGCUGCAGGGCGGACUCUGGCCGUUCGGAGAGGUCAUCUGUAAGGUCACCCAUCUGGUGUUCAGCCUCAACCUGUUCAGCAGCAUCUUCUUCCUCACCUGUAUGAGCGUCGACAGCUACCUGUCCGCCACGCUGCUCUCUGGUGCCCUCGUCUGGAGGAGGAAGGCGCUGCGGCGGCUGAUCUGCGCGUCGCUCUGGCUGCUGGCAUUCGCGGCGUCCGUUCCCGACACCUACUUCCUGCAGGCUGUAAGGUCCCCCCACCGCGACGGCGCCGUGUGUCGACCCGUGUACCCGCCAGAGAACCCCCGGGACUGGAUGGUGGGAGUCCAGCUCAGCUUCUUCGUGCUCGGCUUCGCCGUCCCCUUCCCCAUCAUCGCCGUCUUCUACCUGCUCCUGGUAGCCGCCAUCCCUCCCAGCUCGGACCCGGAGCGCAGGAUCAGCCGGCGGAUCGUCCUCUCCUACAUCCUGGUGUUUCUGGUGUGUUGGCUGCCGUUCCACGCCGUCCUGCUGCUGGACACUCUGACGCUGAUGAACGUCCUGCCCUUCACCUGCCGGAUGGAGAGCUUCCUGGAUGUGGCGCUGCACCUGACGCAGUGCUUCUCCUUGGUGCACUGCUGCGUCAACCCCAUCCUCUACAACCUCUGGCACAGAAGCUACAGGGAUGACCUGAUGAAGGCCUUCGUCUUCAGGUACUCCUCUAGAACUGGGCUGGCCAGGCUCAUCGACACCUCACAGGCCUCAGAGACAGAGAGCUCUGCAGUCCUGGUGGAGCGCAGUGGUCCAAUCUGAGGUAAACUGAAGGACGGUUUGCUAAAGACUAAUUGAGAAGCUCCACACUGGAGCAGGUUUAGAUGUCAGGUGAUGGACCCUUUGGGUCAGAGGUCAAUAGUCUUUGAACGUCGGUAGACCUGCAGACACGGGGAACGGUCUAAACUGGAGAAAAACGGUUUUACCUUCAUCAGAGACGUUUCAGACAAAGACCGCACGGCUCUAUAAAGACUUUCUAGAACUUCUUCUGUCCGGGUUGCAGAUCCGUUUGGUGCUUUUAAGCUGUUAAUGUUCAGGGAUGAUCAGUGUGAGUCCAUAAUAAAGCAGACAGAUCUGCUGUACCAUCAACAA